GCCGCGUUCGGCCCCGCCGCUCCCGGCACUGUAACUCCUGUUGCCUUCUCACUCUGUUGGCUGUGGUCAGCGAUGUCUCCUGUCACGCUCAGGAGUGUCCCAGGAUGGCCCACCCAGGACAGAGCGAGCUGCGGUCUCCGGCCCUUGGCUUAUCACUAUGGGACAUCGCGUGUCGUGGGGGGCACAGACGCCCGUCCAGGGGCCUGGCCAUGGAUGGUCAGCAUCCAGCAAACCUCGUAUGCCGACUGGGCUCACGUGUGCGGAGGGUCCCUCAUCAGCGCCCAGUGGGUCCUGACUGCAGCCCACUGCUUCCUCGACCUCAGGCCCGAACUCCUCUGGCGCGUGGUGAUCGGGGCCAACCGGCUGUCUCAGAUGGGCCCGGAGGUCCAGGUGCGCCACAUCCAGCGGCUCGUGAUGCACGAGCACUACAACAACAUCUCGCAGCUGAACGACAUUGCCUUGCUGGAGCUGGAUCACCCAGUCCAGUGCAGCUACUAUGUACAGCUGGCCUGUGUGCCCGACGCCUCACUGAGGGUGUCGGAGCUGAAAAACUGCUACGUCAGUGGUUGGGGCUCCACGAAUGCAAGAAGUUCCCGACAACCUGAUGUCCUGCAGGAGGCCCCCGUCCACCUCCUGGACACCCACCUCUGUAACAGCAGCCGGUGGUACGCAGGGGCCGUCCACAGCAACAACCUGUGUGCUGGCUAUGCCUACGGGCUCAUCGACACCUGCCAGGGGGACAGUGGUGGUCCUCUGAUGUGCAAAGACAACUUUGGGGACUACUUCUGGCUGGUUGGGGUGACCAGCUGGGGGAAAGGCUGCGCCAGAGCCAGACAGCCCGGGAUCUACACCUCCACACAGCACUUCUACGACUGGAUCCUGUACCAGAUGGGGCUGUACCCACAAGUAAGGGCGUCUCCAACAGCCCGGCAAUGGAGUCAUUUUCUUACCACCUCCGCUCACUACCAGAGGCCAAGGCCAGUGCCAACACAAUCAGGCAAGCUUAUCACCUGUCCAUAUCCCCUCCAGAAGCUGGUAGAAUUCUUCACUCGGGUGCAGGAGCUCCUGCAGAUCCUCACGGGGAAAAAGGUUUGAGCAGCAGGAUGAAGAGGAUCUAGUGCAGGCUGCAGUGUCCCAUGACCAUCUCCUCCUGGGGCCCACCUGCUGGUGCAAAGGCAGCCUCAGUGGCCAAGGCCUGCUCUGUCUUGCCAUGCUCCUCUGAGCACACGCAAAUGCUGAUGUUGACUUGGUUGUUGAAAUAAACAACCGAUGUUCACAGCUAA